AUGUCGCAAAGUCAUGCACUCUCGGAUGAUCAGGUCGCGGGAGAGCUCCGCAAGAUGACGGCGUUCAUCCGGCAGGAAGCCCUCGAGAAAGCGCGGGAGAUCCAGCUGAAGGCCGAUGAGGAAUUUGCGAUUGAGAAGUCCAAGCUUGUGCGCCAGGAGACCGCCGCCAUCGACACCCUCUACGAGAAGAAGUUCAAGCAGGCCUCCAUGUCCCAGCAGAUCACCCGCUCGACUCUUGCCAACCGGACACGUCUCCGUGUGCUUGGUGGUCGUCAGGAGCUUCUGGAUGACCUCUUCCAGCAGGCUCGUGAGAAGGUCUCGACCGUCGCCGCCAACGACAAGAAGAAGUACCAGACUAUGCUGCAGGGGCUGGUCCUCGAGGGCCUGUACUACCUGAAUGAGGACAAAGUCGCUAUCCGCUCGCGCAAGAAGGAUUUCGACAUCGUGAAGAAGGCCAUGGAGGAGGCUGCCAAGGAUUUCAAGAAGAACGUCGGCAGAGAGGUUCAGGUCGAUCUGGACGAGUCAGAGCCUCUGCCGGAGGGAUCUGCGGGUGGUGUCGCGAUUGUCGGUGGUCAGGGCAAGAUCGAGAUCAACAACACCUUCGAGGAGCGCCUGCGACUGUUGGAGAUCGAUGCUCUCCCCGCUGUUCGAGAGUCUCUGUUUGGAAAGAACGUGAACCGGCGAUUUUAUGACUAG